AUGGCGACGCAGAGCGUGAAUGUGUGCUGUUAUCAAUGCAGUCGGUGGUUUAUCAGUGUCGAAUCACUACGGGAACAUCUCCAGAACUCUCCAGAGCAUGCGGUUAUUCAGUGUCCACUGUGUCACUAUCUGUUCGUUACUCAAAGCAACCUUGACAACCACCGCAUCAACAAGCACAACUGUCGUAUUCAAUGCAAUCGUUACUUUGAGAACAAUAAGGCUCUCGAGGCACACGAGGCAUCACCCUUCAGGCAUAUUCCGCUUGGGUGCCCUAAAUGCAACAUCAUAUUCAAGGCCGAUGUUGAUCUGGAUGGUCAUCUCGCCGAGUCGCAUCACUACUGCGUCGAAUGCAGGCGCUUUUUCGCCUGUGAAGGUAAUCUGCAGACGCACUUGAGGUCGUCUAAACACAAGGAGAGAACGGUGCCUUGCCCGGGGAUGAAGUGCCAAAAGCUCUUCCUCUCCGGUGCGGGGCUCCUCAACCACCUCGAAUCCGGCGGCUGCCGCUCAGGGGCGAACCGUCACUACGUGAACGCGCUCGCCGUGCGGUACGACAAAGCGAACGUCAUCACGAACGCUUCGCGCUUACUACCCGGGCUCGAUGGGUAUGUGCCACCAAAACCACCGGUGAUCGCCAUUGCAACGGCGAGCUCAUUCAAUGGCUCGCAAUACGAGUGCUUUCUGUGCCACCAGAGCUUCAAGACCCUCGGCCGCCUCAACGAGCAUAUGCAGAGCCCGGCGCACGACGCGGAGAUAUAUAGGUGCCCGACGAAGUGGGAGGGGUGCGGCGCCGAGUUCCGCACGCUGAGUGGGCUCUGCCAGCAUGUGGAGAGCCAGGCGUGUGGGAUUCGCCGUUUCAACCAGCCUAUGCAAGACGUUAUCGGAGACGUGACGAAGGCGUUGGGUAAGAGGCUCGCUCUUUGA